AAAGCGCGUGACUUGCGCAGCUCAGAUCGCGGUCAGUUCGCCUGCCUUUCGGAUUUGUUUUCUGUCGGAGUGCAGUGAGCGGUAAGUGCGGACGAGCAGCUGCCUGGACGGUAGUGCAACAGGUCGGCAUCUACGGGGAUUAACAGGGAGGAGGAGGACGUUUGAAGCCACAGUGGCACUAAGACAAGUCAGGUCCACAGACAUGGGUAUAUUAUCUGUUACUCUUCUGCUGACCUUUCCAGCCAUGAUUCUUGCUCUGGACAAUGGGCUAAUGCUGACCCCACCCAUGGGCUGGCUCGCUUGGGAGCGCUAUCGCUGCAACAUCGACUGCAGGACUGACCCUAAGAAUUGUAUCAGUGAGCGUCUGUUUCGAGACAUGGCAGACCGCCUCCUGGAAGAUGGCUGGAGAGAACUGGGCUAUGAGUAUGUCAACAUCGAUGACUGUUGGGCAGCAAAACAAAGGGAUGGACAAGGGAGGCUUGUUGCAGACCCAGAGCGCUUUCCCAGUGGCAUACCAGCUUUAGCUGACUAUGUUCAUGCUCGUGGGCUCAAGCUGGGUAUUUAUGGGGACCUGGGCACAUACACCUGUGGAGGUUAUCCAGGAACUACCUUGGAUUACAUUGAAACUGAUGCUUUAACUUUUGCCAGCUGGGGUGUGGACAUGUUAAAACUGGAUGGGUGUUAUUCAAAUGCCACUGAACAAGCAGAAGGAUAUCCUCUCAUGUCGAAGGCUCUUAAUGCUACGGGUCAUCCAAUUGCCUUUUCUUGCAGCUGGCCUGCCUAUCAGGGGGGGCUUCCUCCACAGAUUAACUACACUGUGUUAGGUGAUGUCUGUAACCUUUGGAGGAAUUAUGAUGACAUUGAGGACUCCUGGGGUAGCGUCUUGAGCAUUGUGGACUGGUUCUUCAACAACCAGGAUGUGCUACAGCCUGCCGCUGGGCCAGGAAAGUGGAAUGAUCCAGAUAUGUUAAUCAUAGGCAACUUUGGCCUCAGUCUGGAGGAAUCCAAGUCUCAGAUGGCUCUUUGGGCAAUUUUGGCAGCACCACUCUUCAUGUCCAAUGACUUGCGCACAUUAUCUGAUGAAGCACGGGCAAUUCUACAGAACAAGAUGCUGAUCUCAAUCGAUCAGGACCCCUUGGGCAUUCAGGGUCGCCGAGUCAUCAAGGAGAAGAGUAACAUCGAGGUGUAUUUGCGUCCACUAGCUAAAUCUGCCAGUGCUGUUGUCUUCUUCAGCCGUAGAACAGACAUGCCUUACCGGUACCAGACUUCGCUGAAGAAUCUGAACUACACCUCCGGUGUUUACAUGGCUCAUGAUGUUUUCACUGGCGAGAUGGUGCAAAACCUUAGUGAUGCCACAAAUUUUACCGUCACUAUAAACCCCUCGGGUGUGGUCAUGUGGUACGUCUAUCCUGUAAAACUGAGAACAUCUGUCCAAGACGUGGGCAGACGAGGAGGUGAUCUGAAUAUAUGGCCUGUAUUAAAGAAGCACGUCAAGUCGCCACAACCUUUUGAACUCUAAUUAUUGGCCCAUUUCUGGUGAAAGCCAGCGGCACUGUCGAGUGUGACCAUGCUAGGCAGGGCGCGGUACUUCUGCCAUCUUCUAAUUUGCACUACUGAUGAUUUUUAAAUGAUCAAAUAGAAAUCAGCUGAAAUGAAUAUGUUACUUGAAAACUCAGGUUUUAAAAUUCACGUGAAUGCUUUCAUAUUAUUUUUCAAUUGUAAUAAAUAUUUAAUUAAAAAAUAUAAGAUACAGGUU